AUGGGCGACGACAUGUUGAAAACCGAGGCGCAGGUGGGUCGUGAAUCCGAGGCGCAGGUGGGUCGUGGAUCCGAGGCGCAGGUGGGUCCUCAACGGCCAAGGGUUGUGAAUCUCCUGCUGAUGCGCCUGUAUCCGGACCUCAACCAGCUGUCCGCGGGGGAGCGCGUGCAGCAGCGUGUGAAGCGCAUGGGCGGAGACGUGCGGCAGCUAGUGGAGCAGCUGUGGGCGGAGGUGGAGGACAUGGAGCGCGCGCGCAUGCAGGCCCGGGCGGCACGGGCGGCAGGAACCGGGGGAGGAAGCAGCCCCGAAGCUUCCUCAGAGGUGGCUUCUACUGGUACAGCUGGCAGCAAAGCUGGUAGUUCCGCCGUUACAUCUGACGUUUCAUCUUCUGGCGCCGGAACUGUAACCCGCCCGGAGAAGCCAAAGAGACGCGCCCCGCCCCUUGUUGCGCCGCCCAGCCAUCCAGCCAGAGCCGCCGCCCAAUCCCUUCCCACUUCCCCUGGUGCAUCUUCACAAACGGACAAAAGCGCCCGCCCUGCUGCCCGGCCUGCUGCUGUCCCGGUUGUGAUCCGGGCGGUACGGCCGUCCCAGAUGUAUGGAGAGGGCGGGGUGAAGGGUGUGGGGGAGAAAACGGAGGAGGGGGAGAAGGAGAGAGAGAACAAGAAAGACAAGGAGAAGAAGGGGGAGAAGGAGGAGGAGAGGGAGGAAGUUUUGCCGGCGUUACAGAGGCCAGCAGGGUUUCGGCGGUUUGAUAGUGCUGCAGAGGCGAAGGGAGAAGAUGAUAAAGGCGUGAAACGGGAGGAGACGAAGGAGGAGAGGGAGGAGGUUCUGCCGGCGUUACAGAGGCCAGCGGGGUCUGGGCGGUUUGUGAGUGCGGUAGAGGCGAGCGGGGAGUCUGAUAAGGGCGUGAAAGUGAAGGACAAGGAGGAGGAGAGGGAGGAAGUAUUGCCAGCGUUGCAGAGGCCAGCAGGGUCUGGGCGGUUUGUGAGUGCGGCAGAGGCGAGCAAGGUCUCUGAUGACAAAGGCGCGAAGGCCGGAGAGAUGACGGGAGGAGGAAGGGCGAAGAAGGGGAAAGAGGAGCAGGAAGAGGUGUUACCAGCGUUGCAGAGGCCAGCAGGGUCGGGGAGGGCUGUGAGUUCAGUAGAGGCAAGUACAGUGGCUGAUAAGGGUGUGGAGGGGGAGAGGAAGCAGAAAGGGAAAGAAGAGAGGGAAGAGGUGAUGCCAGUGUUGCAGAGGCCAGCAGGGGCAGUGCGUGCGGUAGAGGCGAGCACAGUGGUUGAUAAGAGCGUGGAAGGGGAGAGGAAGAAGGAGGAGGAGGAGAAAGACGAUGAGCAGAGGGAAGAAGCUCUGCCGGCGUUGCAGAGGCCAGCGGGGGCAGUGCGUGCAGUAGAGGCGAGCACAGUUGCUGAUAAAGGUGUGGAGAGGGAGGGGAAGAAGAAGGGUGAGGGGAAAGGGGAGAGCGAAGAGGCCCUUCCCGCGUUGCAGAGGCCUCUGGGAUCAGGGGGAACUGUGAGUGCAGCAGAGGCAAGCGCAGUGGUUGGUAAGGGCGUGGAGGGGGAGAGGAGGAAGAAGGAGGAGAGGGAAGCGUUGCAGAGGCCACUGAAGGGCAUUAGACUGUGGGGCCUCAAUACUUCUCCUGAGGAUGAGAAGGCAAUACAGAAGGCGGUGAGUGAGCGCACUACAGUCACGGCCAAGGUCGUCGCCUGCAACCAUGGUGGACUUGUGCUCUCGCUCAACGGCGUGCAAGCCUUCCUCCCAGCCAGCUCCAUGCUCCCGGAGCUCCGCCGAUGGAGCUUCCGAGGCUGGCUCCGAGCCAACAGGCACGACCCGAACCUGUUUGGGGCGAGGGAGGAGCGAGAUGGGGGAGACGAGGGAGGCAGGAAACAGGAGGAGGGGAAGGCGAGGAACAAGGGGAAAGAUGAGAAGCAGGGGAAAGGAAAGGAAGUGGGAGGAGGAGGGGGGAAAUUUGAAGUAGAAAGGAGAGAGGGUGGAGAGGAGGGAGAGGGAGGGGAGGGAGAAGGUGGAGGGGAGGGUGUGGAGACCUUGAGGGUUCAACUGAGUGAGCAGUAUUCUCAGGAAAAACUCGCUCUCUUCUCGUCCUAUGUGGGGGAGGAAGUGCGAGUGAGAGUUGAGAAGUGUGACUCUAAGACGCACUCUGUCUUUGUGACACAAAGGGGGGCUGAUCUGGAGGACAAGGAGAGGGCGGAGCGAAGGGAGCAGCUGCAGCACCGAUUGGAGGCUGGAGAUGUUGUGACGUCAACUGUGGUGUACAUUGGUGACAUGAACAUGACCGUUCAGGUGGAGGGAGUGAACGUCAUGAUCCACUACGACACUAUUCGACAGCUGAAGCAAGGGCCAGUGGACACGUGGCCCUUCCCCAUUGGUCAUUCCCUGCCAGUGCGUGUGCUGCGCAGCAAGCCGGUUCAGAAGCGCCUGGUCGUUUCCCUCGAGCCACCGCAAGGGCAGCACCAACAAAAGCAGAGGGAACUGCGACGGCAGCAGCAGCAGCAGGGGCGGCAGCAGCAGGGGCGCCAGCAGUGGAAGCGGCAACCACCCGUGGCGCCGCCAUUGGACCUCCUCCAGUCACUUGAAGCUGCUGAUUCUGCUCCAAGCAUGCAGCCGCGAUUCGAGGCAGCGGCUGAGCUGGAAGCAGUGGCAGCCAAUCUCAGAGCGACACCUGGCAUAACCUCGGUGAAUCUGGGCCGUGUGGCCAAGGGAGGUGCCUUGGCUCCUGGAUUUCAGAUCUUCCUGGCUUCGCAAUCCGCCUCUGAAUACAAGCUUGUCGCACGUGCAGGGCUGACCAUCCAAGAGUUGCUUGUGGUAUCAGAUCUUGACAAGGAAGCGAUCAGAGGAGCAAUUCAACAAGCAAUUGGGCAGUUGAUUCAGCGUUCAGCAUCAGCAACUAUGCGUCGAGCCGACGUGCUCGCGUGUCAGAUCCAGAGCUGGUACCCCGCAUUCCGCUCCGUCUCGCUCCGCACAGAGAUCGUCCCUCUCCCUCCCGAAUUCGUCGACUACCUGCUUUCCGACGGAAUCUUCCUCCCUGCUUCGUGUAAGGCGUUGCCCACGCGCAUGCGGGUGGGUGAGUGGGAGGCACAUUGCGACGACUACGAGGGGAUGAAGGAGGAGGACGACGAAGCAGACGAGCCUGAUGUGCCCUCCUUCCCCGCACUCGAGGCUGCUGUUGACGCCGCUAUUGCACGGCUGGGGGGAGCUGUGCUGCCGAAACUCAACUGGAGCUGCCCUAAGGAUGUGGGUUGGCUGAGUGCAACAGGCACGCCCAAGUGCAGCAACGCCCAGGAGGUCUUUCUGCUCCUCAAGGCCUCCGACUCCCUCACCUAUGACCUCUGCCAUGCCUUUGACAGUUGUGUUGACUCUUCUUCAACUGCCGAUUCUUCAAAAGCGGAAGCCCCUUUAGCUGCCGAUGACUCCGAGCCUGCCAGUAGCAGGAGUGAUGGCGGAGCGUGUAUGGCGGCUACUGGAACGGAUGAGAAACAAAAAGAGCCAGGCAGGGACGAAAUGAAUGGUGAUGCUGAGUCAAGGCAAGAGAAGCAGGAUGAAGAGUUGGAGCAGCAAAAGUGUGCGCAGCAGAGCCGUCCACCUGAGUUUGUGCUCGCCUUGAGCAAGUGGUUUGACCUCCGGCCAGAAAUGGAGUUUCGAUGCUUUGUCAAGGGCCACCAACUCAUUGGUAUCAGUCAGAGGGAGAUAACAUCCUUCUACCCAUUUUUAGUUGAUUCUCACGAUAACUUCAAGCUCCAGAUAUGUGACUUCUACAACAACCACAUUUGUGGGAAAUUUCCAUCUACUGACUAUACUUUUGAUGUCUACAUCACUCGUGAUGGCCGUGUAAAGCUGGUUGAUUUCAACACCGGUGUUCAGUUGGGGUUGAGAGCUGCUAGCGGUGCCCCAUUUGAUCUUCAUGAUAGAUCAGAGGGCAGUGCCUUUGAAGAGCUUAUGGAGAAGCUCAAGGUGGAAUGCACCACUGAUCAGGAUAGCAGUAGCGAUGAGGAAGAAGCCGGUUAG